UGAAACAUCGUCGAAGCUGCUUUGGUCUGUGAUUGCUUUGCCGUGUCCCGUAAGCAGUUAGGAAAGCUCGAGUUCGUUAUAAGGCACCCUACUGUGACAUAUUCAUCUCGCAGUUUGGGGUGAUCCGAUUCCAACCGAAGCCCGAUUUUAGGAUGCCGGCCGUGACGCUCGGUUCUCUUUCGUCGCGCGCUCGCUUGUUCUUGUUCUGCCUUGUCUGCUCUCCUUUGAUCCCCUCCGUUACUCCUCAGUCCUUCAACAUAGAGAGCUUCGACAAGGGUAUGAGGGACAUAUUGUACGAGGGAGUCGCGACGCCCGCAUACGGGUACGUCGAUCUCACCACACUCAAUCCUCCGCAUCGCUACCAGGUGGGACGGAUUAAGUAUGCCAAGCCCGUCUGCAUACGGGAUCCUCACACGGGGCGCCUAGCAAACUUCUCGACCCAUUUCUCGUUCACCAUCGAUACUGGCGGCUCUGCUGAGUACAGCUCUGGCCUGGCCUUUUUCCUCACUCCUGUCGGGAUCCCGAUCCCGCCCAACUCAGCCGGUGGAUUCCUGGGAUUGUUCGACGGUAGCACGGAUGAUGAGGGGCCUCAGAACCAGAUCGUCAUGGUCGAGUUCGACACUUAUGUGAACGAGGCGUUCGAUCCACCAGUGCAUCACAUUGGAAUCAAUAAGAACGUGCUCAGGCCCAUCGUUUAUGCCCCCUGGGAUCCCGCGUCGCACAGCGGUAAAGCGACCGAUGUUCUCGUGACCUACAAUUCUACGACCAAGAACCUCAGCGUGUCCUGGUCGUUCGAUGACAAACCUCUUUCUCAGGAUAAGACAUAUCCUUCGCUUUCUUGCCACAUCGAUCUUGCGGAAGUCGUGCCCGAAUAUGUAGCAAUCGGGUUUUCAGCUUCUUCCGGCCUUCAUCCAGAGAGACACAGCAUCAAUUCAUGGAAGUUCACUUCGAAUCUGGACGUCGUAGAUCCGCCGCCGUUGGAUAGAUCAUGGCCAAAGGAGGUGAACUGGAAACCUCACCGGUCAAGGAUACUGGUCGUGGUUGCCGUCGCAUUUUUUUCACUGGUGAUCUCUGCAGGGUCUUGCUCUUUCUUGGUCAAGAAGAGUGAAAAGCAUGGUUAUGUUGCCCUUACUGACAUCGAGAUCAGCACAUUGCCUGCGAAGUUCACUUAUCAGGAAUUGCUCGCCGCGACCAACGGCUUCGCAGAGGAUAGAAGGCUGGGACGAGGCGGGUCUGGCCAAGUCUAUAAAGGGUUCUUGAGCGAUUCAGAUCGCCUGGUUGCCGUCAAAAGGAUCUUUGCGGAAUCCCGACACUCUGAGAAGGUCUUUGUCAACGAGGUGAAGAUCAUAAGCCGAACGAUACACAGAAACCUGGUGCCGUUUGUCGGGUGGUGCCAAGAGGAAGGCGAGUUCUUGCUCGUCUACGAGUACAUGCCCAACGGCAGCCUCGACCACCACCUCUUUGGGGCCCGGAGAUGCCUGCCGUGGGACGUGCGGUACGGUGUGGCGCUCGGCCUUGCGUCCGCCCUCAACUACCUCCACGAGGAGCUUGAGCAAUGGGUGCUCCACCGGGACAUUAAGGCAGCCAACGUGCUGCUGGACACCAACUUUAGCACCAAGCUUGGCGACUUCGGAGUGGCCAAGCUCGUUGACCCCCGGUUCAGGACUCAGACGACAGACGUGGUCGGGACUUUUGGGUAUCUGGCGCCGGAGUACUUGAUCGGAGGGAAGGCCACGAAGGAGUCCGACAUGUUCAGCUUCGGCGUUGUGGCCCUGGAGAUCGCCUGUGGCCGGAGGAGCUACGAGGAUGGAGGGAUCCAGGUCCCGUUGCACAAGUGGGUCUGGCAACUCUACCUUGCCGGCAACAUCCUCACGGCGGCAGAUGAAGCAUUGUGCUCGGGGUUCCGGAGGGAGGAGGUGGAGUGCCUGAUGAUGGUGGGGCUGUGGUGUGUGCACCCAGACCCCGCGAGACGACCAAGGGCGGGGCAAGCAAUCAGGUUCCUCCGGCUCGAGGACCCGGUCCCGGAGCUCCCACGUGGAGCUCUUGACGGCCCACUUUCGUACUGGCCAUCGGCUUCGCAAUUAGGAACGAUGGAAUCUCCAUCUCCUCCAAUUCAAGAGUCUGUGUCUAUUAAGCAAGACAAAUCCUGCCUCCUAAAGUCAUCCCGCAACACAUGUUGAAUUGAUCUGCACAUACUACUGCAUAUACUUUACUUCGGUUACA